GUUUUUGUUCAUUUGAAUGGACAGUGAUUUAUAUUGAUCGAUUUCGUUGAUAUGCGUGUAUGUCUGUUAUAAGUGUUUUAAGCCGAAGUGUUGCUUCGUAGUGUUUUAACCUGUUAUAGGCCAUUAUACCAUAUGAUUGUAUUUCUAAACUCUUAAUAGUGCACUUUCUUUCGGGAGGUCUCAUUGCGAAAACAACCCAGUGCUGUUUCACAAUUGCUGUCAAGCGCGUGCCAGUCUGAAAGGAACGCGAGAGUGAACAGCAGAAUAGUGCACAAGUCUCACUGUUUGCAGAUUUCGCUUUGAGAGAAGUUGCAUUCGGUGUUAACCUUUGAUCAGCACCGGCUACAACUGUACGUCCAUUCUGAAUCUCAUACUUUCGUUUCUGGCUCACGUUCAGAUGGAAGUAUUGUUUACAGGAAAUAAAUCUGUCGCCGUCUGGAUUUUGAUCGGAUACUUGACACACUUGGGCUUAAUUGCUGCUGAGUAAUCACGACUGAAAGAAGUGAAGAAUGCCCAAAGAUUUCCACUGGUCCCAUUGCUGCAGAAAUGCCCUGAGGUCGAGUCUGGACUGAAGCCAAGGUGAUAUGCAUUAAGGAUGAGUGCUGUCAGUGAAAACUCAUCUGACCCUGCCAGGUCAGAGGCUCAGAAGCGCAAGGAAUGUCCCUCCGACCUCCUAGGCCCAAGUCCCAAACGAAGCACUGAGAAACGUAAUCGGGAGCAUGAAAAUAAGUACAUAGAGGAGCUUGCCGAGCUCAUCUUCGCAAACAUCAAUGACAUCGACAACUUCAAUGUCAAGCCUGACAAAUGUGCAAUCCUAAAGGAAACCGUCAAACAGAUUCGUCAAAUUAAAGAGCAAGAAAAAGCUGCUGCAGCAAAUGAAGAUGAAGUACAGAAGGCUGAUGUGUCAUCCACAGGCCAAAGUGUUAUUGACAAAGACGCUCUCGGACCAAUGAUGCUGGAGGCCUUAGACGGGUUCUUCUUUGUGGUGAACAUGGAAGGGAACAUCGUGUUUGUGUCGGAGAACGUGACACAGUACCUGCGGUAUAAUCAGGAAGAGCUGAUGAACACAAGUGUGUACAGCAUCCUGCAUGUGGGAGACCAUAACGAAUUCAUCAAAAACCUCCUGCCCAAGUCACACGUUAAUGGAGUGCCGUGGUCCAGUGAGAAUCCUCGGCGGAACAGCCACACCUUCAACUGCCGCAUGCUCGUGAACCCUCACAGCGAGGCCGAAGAGACGCAGGAUCAUGAGGCACAGCAGAAAUAUGAGACUAUGCAGUGUUUUGCUGUGUCUGAACCAAAGUCCAUCAAGGAGGAGGGAGAGGAUUUCCAGUCAUGUCUGAUCUGCGUAGCGCGGCGAGUACCAAUGAAAGAGAGACCCAUGCUCCCAGCGCACGAGAGCUUCACCACCCGCCAAGACCUCCAAGGUAAGAUCACCUCACUGGACACCAGUCUGUUACGAGCAUCUAUGAAGCCAGGCUGGGAAGAUUUGGUGAGGAGAUGCAUUCAGCGCUUUCACCUGCAGAACGAUGGAGACAUGUCAUUUGCCAAGCGGCAUCAGCAAGAAGUGUUAAGGCACGGACAAGCCUUCAGUCCCAUCUACCGGUUUUCCUUGUCUGACGGGACCAUCGUCUCUGCUCACACCAAGAGCAAACUGGUUCGCUCACCUGCCACCAAUGAGCCGCAGCUUUACAUGUCCCUGCACAUCUUACAGAGAGAGCAGACUGUGUGUGGCAUGACCCCAGAUCUUGGAGCUGCUCAGGCUAUGGUCAAACCUAUGAACGCCAUGAGCUCCCCCAACACAGCUGGAUCAUCCGGGGGUCCCCAGGGGCAGGACGCCACUGUCAGCAGCAACACAUCCACCUUCCCCUCCCCUGGUGGCCAGAAGGAGCCCGGCGCCAUUGGCCCCAUGCAGGGCCACCGUUUCGGCUGCCCAGGGACUAUAAGCCACUCGGCAACCAUGCAGGCGGCCACCCCUCAGGGCAGUGGCUAUCCACUGAAGCUGAGUAGCCCAUCUCAGGGCAGUCCAGGCAUGCUAUCUCCACGCCACCGUGCCAGUCCUGGAGUGGCGAGCUCGCCCCGCUUGCCUCCGCCCCAAUUCUCCCCAGUAGGCAGCCUGCAUUCACCAGUAAGCAUGUGUACUAGCAGUACAGGUGGCAACGGUGGGGCGGGUGGUAACCACGGUUACACAAGCAGUUCCCUUAAUGCCCUACAGGCACUGAGCGAGUGCCACGGUGUGAGCCUCGGCCAGUCACUUGGCUCACCCGACAGGAAGUUGGGGUCACCAGCUGGAAUGGGUGUCAGUCCUCACCUACUGAACAAAAUGGGAGCCUCUGAAUCAUUCGGAGAGCAGGGCCAAUCAGAGCAAGGUGUUGCAGGGCAGGACGACGGUAUUAAACAGCCAAGAGACGAAAAGGGCAACCUCUGCCAGUUUAACAACACUGACGGGAGUGACCCGCAAAACCGUCUACGUGACAACAAAGGCCAUACUAAACUCCUACAGCUCCUCACCACUAAAACUGAGCCAAUCGAGUCCACCUCACCUCCUCCAGGGGCUGGCGGAGAUCCUGGCUGUAAGGACCCCACUGGUGGCCCUGGGAAUGGUGGCAUGGGCCUACAAACUGGAGCAGGAGCCGGGUCACAUGCUACCACCCUGAAGGAGAAGCACAAGAUUCUUCAUAGGCUGCUGCAGAACAGCUCGUCACCCGUCGAUCUGGCCAAACUCACAGCCGAGGCCACAGGAAAGGAGCUUUGUCAGGAUUCUGUGGGUGGAGGGGCAAAUGUGGCAGAUUUGGCCAUUAAACAGGAGCCCAUCAGCCCUAAGAAGAAGGACAACGCCCUGCUGCGCUACCUACUGGAUAAAGAUGAUAACGUUCUCAGGGACAAAGGCAUCAAUAUGGAGCCUGGAGAGGUAAAGGUUGAGGGCGGUAAGAUGCCCGGAAUUAAAACGGAGAAAACCGAUGGCGGGUACGACCGAGUGGAUCCGUCGAGCGAGCUGGACGAUAUCCUAGAUGAUCUACAGAACAGUCAGCCGGGUCUGUUCUCCGAGCCUCGGCCCGUUUCGCUGCCUGCUGCCGUGGACAAGCAGUCAAUCAUCAAUGACAUCCUGCAGAUGACCGGAGAGGGUGGAGCCACUGGCAUGAGCCCCCAGCAACAGAGAGCACUACAGGCUGUGGGCCAACAGAAUUUUGGUGGUCCGCGGCCAGGUCAGCCGGGCAGAGCUCCUCCGGUGAGAAGUGUGUCUUUGGAUAUGAACAUGCCAGCUAAAGGCGCUCCGGGUCAGUACCCGCUGAUGAGGAACAACAGCCCCUACACACUCAUGCAGCAACAAGGCAUCAUGGGAAACCACAGUGUCAUGCCUAAUCAGCCCAACAUGGUCAAUGCAGGAGUCAUGGGUAAUAAUGGUCCUCGUGUAGGUAUGCAGCAGGACGGCUGGGGUGCACAGGGUCCUGGUCCUGUGAGUGGUGCGGCCUCGCCCGCUACAGCUGCUCCCAAUGGCCAGCACUCCCUCCAGCAGGGGGUGCUCCAUGCUCGCCUGGUGCCCAACUCUAGCACGGGCAUGCCCAUGAGACCCAACAGCCAACCUGGACCUAGACAGAUGCUUCAGUCCCAGAUGAUGCCCAAUGCCCAGUCAAACAUGGACAUUGGCAUGGCUGGCCACCAGUUUCCCCAGCAACAGGCACCGCCCAAUCAGACGGCUCCAUGGCCAGACAGUGUGCUGCCGAUAGAGCCGGUGCCAUUUGGGAACCAGAGCAGUUCCAUAUACAGCAGUCCUCAGGAGGACGUUCUGUGUCCUGCAGCCACUGAGGGUCCUGCCGAUGAGGGGGCUCUCCUCAGCCAGCUCUACACUGCCCUUAAAGAUUUCGACGGCCUGGAGGAGAUUGACCGUGCACUGGGCAUCCCUGCAAUGGUGGUACAGGCCCAGCCGGUGGAGCAGGAUCAGUUCCCAGGUCAGGACCCCGGCAUGAUGAUGGAUCAGAAGCCCCCCAUGUAUGGCCAACAGCAGUACGCCGCCUCCCAGGCCCACUUGCAGCAGGGUGGAUAUGCACCCAUGCAGGACCCCAGCUUCCAUGGCAUGACUGGACAGAUGGGGCAGAGGCUGGGGCAUCCCAUGCUCCGCAUGCAGGCCAGACCAGGUCUCAGGCCCACCGGUGUCGUACCCAACCAACCCAAUACACUCAGACUGCAGCUUCAGCACAGGCUACAAGCACAGCAGAAUCGGCAGCCUAUGAUGAAUCAGAUGACUGGAGUGUCAAGCAUGAACCUACCUCUACGACCCAACGUUCCGAAUCAGGGGACAAUCAAUGCUCAGAUGCUGGCCCAGCGGCAGAGAGAGAUGCUGAGCAAUCACUUACGCCAACGUCAGCUGGACCAGCAGCGACAGCAGCAGCAGCAACAACAGCAGCAGCAGCAGCAGCGUAGCAUGGUCAUGCGAGCCCAGGGCCUCAACCUGCCGCCCAACAUGGCCGCAGCCGCUGCCGGCAUGAACAACCCGCGGAUCCCCCAGGCCAACCCCCAGCAGUUCCCCUAUCCGCCCAACUACGGUACAGGACUGGCCUCUCCGCCCCCCUCCACCAGCCCCUUCUCCCCCGGUUCCCCCAACCUUCCCGCCCCCCAGCUCCUCUCCCACAGCACCAUGCAUGGCUCUCAAAUGAGUCUAGCUAACCAGGUGAUGCUGGGCAGUCUGAGCGGACAGUUUGGGGCUGUUAUGAGCCCACAAAUGCAGCACAGUGCCUUUCAGUUCCCCAGCUCAGGUAUGAGUCAGCAGUCGGAUGGUGGGUUCGGUGGUGCCGCCACCCCUCAGAGCCCCCUGAUGUCUCCCAGGAUGGGCCACGCCCAGAGUCCCAUGAUGCAACAGGCGCAGGGCAACACCUCUUUCCAGUCCUCCCCUGAUAUGAACGGCUGGACACAGGGAAACAUGAAUGCCAACAGUAUGUUCACUCAGCAGUCGCCACCUCAGUUUGGCCAGCAGGCCAACAACAACUUGUACAACGGUAACGGCAUGAACCUCAUGGCCCCCAACUCGAGCAACAUGGCCCAAAUGGGCAACCAGAUGAGCAUGAACUCUGGACCUGCGGGGGGGAUGUCCAACAUGGGCCCAGAACAGCAGAAGUAUUGUUGACCCGGGGCUGACGACGUCCCAAUGCAGUAAACAGAGUGUCUAAAGACUUUUCAUGAGUGAUUUUCAGCUGCAGCGUGAUCAAGUAGAGUUUGUGGAGUGAUGCUGUGCUAUUUAAGCUGCUAUCAGAGGCCGGACGGGUCUGUCUCCUGCCCUCUACUGGACAUCUGUAGAGGAUGCAUCAGGGGUACCGGAGCUCAAAGGGAUGGACUCUUUCUCUCUCUCACACACACACUCACUGACACAGAUCUUCUGGACCUAGAGCUCUCCCCCUCUGUCAAACACACUGCAAGCCCUUACUGUCAGUCUGCUCUGUUGCAUUCACCGUAGUGUGACUUAGGUCUCCCCUGAAAAGACUCAGUGACAGUGGCAAUGGAAUCCUUGUCUCCCAUGAAUGUAUUCCUCCUCCUUUUUCUCUCCCUUUCUCUCUCGAUUUCUCCUGGACUUUAGGCUGUUCUUAAAAGAUAUUCUUUAACCCACCCAUCUUCGGUCUAACUCCUUUCCUGACGUUCCAAAAUAGGCAAGAAGACUGCGUUUGAAAUCCGCGCUCUAAAAUUCAGCCUUUUUGCCUUUUUUAAAUUUGAUUCUCUUUUGUUUCAGAGUACAAAUAAAGAUAAUGUUGAAAUGGCUUCUACGUAGAUUAUGAGAGUUCAGAUGACAGUUUGUAAAGUUAGACUUAAUUUAGAGGUUUAUUGUGUAAUAAAUUAAGUUUUAUUCUAAUGUAUAGUUUCUUUUUUUAACAGUGUAGAUUUCUUUAUAAACCAUCAACUCAUGGCAGUGAGAGUGCGUAUUGCCUCUGCAUAAGAAAUUGUUCAACAUACCUAUGGGUUUUAUUUUACUCGGUCCAGUAGUUUCACAGAAAAUGUGAUUUUAAACUUGUUUCUGUCUGGUAAGUAAAAUGAAAUGCUGGUAGAUUGUAAAUACCAAUAAUGGGGGGGGAAAUUGUAUAUUUAUUUUUUGAUUUUCAAUUUAUUUUCCCCCUCCUCCUCCCCCCAAAGUCCAGUCUUAACUGUUUCAGGGACAAGGGCGGUGUUUCUCAAGCAUGUGUAUUCACUUGAUGGGAAAAUGAGCUAGGCAGGGAGCGUGUGCUGUUUCUUAUGGUACUGAGGAAGGGGAGCUGGGUUGCAGUGGUCCUUCUUUUCCUGGGUGGGCUUUGGGAGGGUGCUGUGUGUACAGUGUACAGAUACUUGCUUGCUUCUAAGCCUUUAGCCAAGAGCCCCACCGGAGGAACCCAACACAGCCAUAAACUCAACACUGAAUCAUGCUUUCUUUGUUGUGUGGAGUGAUGUGCUUCGUGCAAGAUGCUAGGUUCAACCAGAAUUCGGUGUGUGUAAGAAAAGACAACAAGCAAUAAAUAUUACUUGAGAUUUGUUUGUUUUUUUCCUCCUCUGUUUUGUAAUUUUUGUACAGGAUUUUUCAGGAGACACAUUUUUUCUCCCCGGUUCAAACUCAGUAUUAAAAACAGAUACUUUUUUUAAUUGUGGUUCAUAUUUUGAGAAAAACUCAAAUUGAAAGAUGUCCAAAUCUACAUGUUCCUCAGUGACGAGUAGGUUUUAGUUGUGGUGUAGCCAAAAAUAAAGCAGCAUUGAUGUUUAACAUGGCAGUUCCUACAUUCAAACACACUGUACCCUGGUCCUCAAACGGAUUCGGCAAUCCCGGGAUCAACAGUCAGAUUGUUUGCUUUGACCCUCAAUUCACAAAUUUCCAGAUUUCAUCACUACAUACAUGUGAACAUUACACUCUUAAAACUGUAAUGUACGCAAAACAGUCCUUCAUGCUUUCUAUUCGAGGACAAAGCCAAAUUUCCUUGCCUUUUAAUUGAUUGAGAGACUUACACAUGCCACUUUCAUUUUGUUCUUGUCCAUGUCUGCACACAGGUUGUAUCGGAGUUAGAUUGUCAGCUUUUGCUUUUACUGAAAAUAUCGCCAUGUCAUCUCUGUGUUUAAGCUGGUGUUAAAGUACGUGUUGUUUUUUAUUUUUUAUUUAUUUAUUUUUUUCAGUAUAUAAUGUAUGUACCAGCAGCAAAUUACGUUUGCAAUGACCCAGCUCUGUCAUUAUACGCUGAAGGUGCCGUGGUUGUGUACGAAUAUACCUGGUGUUUUGGCAUAGCUUAUGCUUUUCCUUUUCAACACUGUAAAUACAGGUUUGAUUUCACAUCAUUUGGGGUGAAGUGUUCACUCUGCCCACCAUUCAAAAGUUUCUGGAAGUUUCAGACACACACCUGCCGUUUUAACGUAAGGAUCUACAUUCUCAUGUGGAGUAAAAAAAUAAAAAUAAUUUAUUGAUCAUCCUCAAUGCAUUUGUCAUCAGUCUGACAUCUGAGAACGAAACAAAUUAUAUUUGGCACGCAUUCCACAUGCUGUUUUGAUCCGAAUUUUGAUGCAUGUCGGAUGCCUUGGACAAGGACUGACAUCCAGAAACCAUAUUGGAGAAUAGCCAGUCGCACACUACCCUCUGCAAAGUCCAAAGAUUGUCAACAUUUUAAACUAAAUAUAAGCCAUGAUGUGAAGGUGGUGCAGAGUUUUUUUUAGUGUUUUUAUCAGUACUAGUGCAAAAGAGCCAUUUGUCCUAAAAUAGAGAGAAAUUUAAUUGUAACAGCUAGGAUUGAAUUUCCUAAAAUGAUUUGUCUUUACCUUACUUUUGAUUUUUUUUUUUUUUUUCUCUGACACUUUCAAUGUCUUUUUGUAUAGUCUGCCAAUUUCUUAGAGCUAAAUGCAAGGACCUUGAAAUGCUAAAACUUAGCAUAUUGCCUUAGAUCUGUUUUAUUGUCUUGUAUAUUACAAAAGUUGUCUGUAUUAUAUUUGUAUAGUGAAUCGUUGACAGGAUCCACCCAAUUCAUUACUGCUCAUCUAUGCCUCUUGCCGGAUACCUACCAUAUACCUGUCUCUCUCCUCAUCUUUUCAAUAUUGCUCAUUUUCCAUGUUUUGUCUGUGAUCAGUUGUGGGUUUUAUUAUUUGUACAGUCCUGAUUUUACCCACUCGGUUAUGUGUGAGAAUGAAAAUGAUGCAAUGGGAAAUCGAAGCAAUAUGUAAUUUAUAAGGACUUUUUGGAGGAAGCUUACAGUGUUGCUCCUGAGAUGUAUUUUUUCCAGUUGUGGUUCAUGAAACAGCCCUGUUCAUCCGCAUCGAUGUGUGUAAUCUUAGUGUGAGCCUUUUAUGCAAAGUUAGAUAUACCGAGAGAAAUUUAAAUACAGUUAUGCAAGUUGUCAACUAAUAUGGCUUUGCUGAUGCUAUUUGAUGUUGAAUCAAAUUGAAUUGUAAAUAAAGAAUUCUGUUAUUGCAACAUUUAAAAU